UUUUUUUUUUAAAACUUCAACAAAUUCAUUUAAAUAAUAAAAUAAGAGCAUAAUGGCUAGUGUUUGCAUGACCCAGAAUAAAUAUCAACACCAACAACAGCAGCAACAUUUUCACAUUAUCAAUCAAAAUAUGACAAUUUUAACGCAACAACAAAAUGCUUCCUAUCAACUUCAGUUUCUAAAUAACGCCAAAUUACCAGCUAUUGCACCCGCUCCCACGAAAAUAUUGGGUAAUAGUAAUAUGCAUAACAUACAACCAUCACCGAGCGCGAUGAUCGGUAAAAAGCGUUACACUUACGCCAAUAUGCCGUACGGCGAACAAUUACCAUCGGUGGCCCGUCGUAAUGCCCGUGAACGUAAUCGUGUUAAGCAAGUUAAUAAUGGCUUUGCUAAUUUGCGUCAACGCAUACCGCAAUCAAUUAUAAAUGCGCUGUCUCAUGGUGGACGCGGCGCUAGUAAAAAACUCUCCAAAGUUGAUACACUACGUAUUGCUGUCGAAUAUAUACGAAGCUUGCAAAAUCUUUUGGAAUCUUCUCAGCCCUUUGUCGAUAAUUCGGUCAACAGUAAUGGCAGUUUGCAUUUUGAUGAUAGCAGUACUGAUAGUAACAGUAAUUAUGUAUGCUCCCCGUUAAAUAGUCCUACAGAUGCUCAAGCCUAUCAGUUGGCUCAUUCACCCACGCCCUCCUACUCUGAUUCUGAUAUAUCCAUUAAUGGUAUCAAUAGUUUCUUGCAACCUUUAAAAAUACAAGAACCAGAACAGCAACAACAACAAGAGCAGCAGCAGCAGCAGCAGCAUCAGCAGCAGCAACAAGAAUUCAAAUUUGAUGCAUUCGAGCAACCUGACGAUGAGGAACUUUUAGAUUACAUCUCCUCUUGGCAAGACGAGUAAAAAAAUAUCUUUGUUCCCCGUUGCACAUAAAGCAGCUACACGAACCCGCCUUCUUACAUAACACAGAAGCCUCACGGACAGACGUCAAAAUUAAUAAACAAUAUAAAUAAAAUAGAUUUAAUAUUAAAAGCGUGAGAUCGACAUAAGCAACACCCAGUGAAGCGCACCUAUAAACAUUUGCAUUUUUCUGAAUCGAUCGAUACGGAAAAGCGCAUAUCGUAUUGUCACAAUUCAUCGACCCAAGAGUUCCUUAGAUGGAAUUAUGUACAAAUUUUGUAAAUAUUUUUUAUAUAUAUAUUCAUGUAAUUGCUUGC